UGUUAACCGCUUGUGGCCUACGUUUUCUACGAAGCAGUGUACGUUUUAAAGAAUUUUCAGUGAAAACCGUAUCAAACAGCCUAAAAAAACAUGGAUCAAGAGAAGCUGACACAACUCCCCAUCAGCCGGAUAAGAACGGUGAUGAAAACAUCGCCAUCCAUUGGCCAUAUCAAUCAGGACGCUUUAUUCCUGAUGUGUCGGGCAGCUGAAAUGUUCGUCGAGUACAUCGCCAAAAAUGCGCACAAGAAGGGAACAACAACGAUGAACUACAAACAGCUGGCCGAGUACGUGGAGUCGAAAGACGCGCUGGACUUUCUGGUUCAGAUCCUACCGAAGAAGAUGACCGUCAGUCAGUACAAAAAGAUCAUGGAGAACAAGAAGAGUAAGGGCGAAGAUGACAGCGAUAGCGACGAGGACAGCAGCAGCGAGGAAGAGUCGGACGAUUCGGAACCGUCGUCGUCUUCGGAAGAGGAGGGUGAGGAAGAGAAGAAUGACGAUGUGGACAGUGUAAUCUCGAUCAAGUCUUCCAGUUCGGACGAAAAGGAAAACUCCAAGAACAUGAGCAACAAGAAGACACCGGUUAAGCAUAAGACCGGGGAUUCUCCGUAGGGUUGGUAUUUUUCUCUAGAUUAGUGUUUUGUCUUAUUGCAUUAUGUUCUUCUAUAAGCUGUAUUAAUAAACUGUUAGAUUUAGUUAUCUAUUUAAUUGAAGAUGCUGUUAUUUCAGUAUGUAGUACCGUGACCAGCCCUAAUUCCGCGCAGCGCCCAAUACCGUGGA